UUCUAUUCAUAACUAUUAAGGAAAUAAAUAAAUAAUAAAAUCACGACAAAGUUUCAGUUUGGUUUUUUUCUCCACUACAGCCAAAGAAAAACAAAGUAAAGAAAAAGAAGAAUCCUUUCUUGCCUCACGUGACAGCUAAGAGUAAAAUGAUUCAGAAGCGCAGCGGGGAAGACGGCGCCGAGAGAUUAGAGAAGAAAUCUCUCAUGGAGCAGCUGAAUGAGUUUCGUCUGGAAGGAGUUGAUGAUGAAGACGAGGAGGAUCUUGACAGCCUCAUGGAGUGGUGGAGCACAGUCAAACAAUGGGAGCCGAUGUCCAAAGAUGAAGAGAUGACAGAAAAAGAGGAGGCCAAGGCAUUCGCAUUAACAGCUGAAAAGGUGCAACGAGGCAUUCGUGUGUUUAAUCAGCUGUUUUCAGAGCGAGCAGAAGCUCUUUGGCAGCACAUCAUCGACCUCAACCUCAUUGCUGAUGGCCUGGAUCGCUUCAACAAAAGGGCCAAAGUGGCCCAGAUCACAGGUGGCUCCACCAGUGCUGUUGGGGGUGUGGCCACUAUAACAGGUCUUGCGCUGGCACCUGUUACUAUGGGAACAUCCCUGAUUGUCACAGCAGUGGGCCUGGGGGUGGCUGCAGCGGGUGGGUUAACAUCAGCCUCGGCUGGUAUCUCCAACUCCGUCCAUGGCUCUAUGGACCGCAAGAAAGUGGAGCGCAUCCUGAAGGACUUCCAGAGUAAGAUGGGCGACAUCGACAAAUGCACAAGAUUCAUAAAGCGUGGUAUCGAGAACCUGCGAGAGUUCAACGCUCCUAGGGUGAAAAAACUGAAGACGUAUGAUAGCGAUUACACGGCAAUCAACAAUAUCUAUGAGGACGGCGCCAUGGCGGGCAAAGCAUUGCUUACCAGUGCCAAUGAGAUCGCCCGGUUCACGCAAGUUGCCAUGGCAACAGGUGGCACAGCAGCCAGAGCAGUGCAGGUUGCAGCCAUGGCAACUGGCGUCCUUACUGGCCUCUUUGUUGCCAUGGAUGUUUACUUUGUGGCAAAGGAUUCUCAUGAACUUAGGAAAGGAGCCAAGUCUGAAUUUGCCCAAAAGAUCAGGGAGGUGGCUGAGCAGCUGCAACAAGGACUGGUGGAGCUCAAUAUGAUCCGAGAAGAGCUGGAUUGUUCAAGAAGCUCCACCUUCUCCAACAACUCCGUGAUCUCCAUCUCCAGCCCCUCAUCUUCUAUUUCAACCUCAACCUCCACUAAUGCUAUUUCACUGACCUCCCCUUCAUCCACCUCUGGGAACGAUAGCUUCCCUAGCACCUCAACCUCUUGUUCCCAUGUUUCAAAAUACACAGAAGCAUACAUAGAACCUCAAGCUCAAUCCUGACACAGUACUGUGUUAACCAAAUCUCUGUGACUUCAGCUUCCAUUUAUAAAUGAUAGACCCUCUUUUUCUCAGUCUCCUUAUUUAAACCAUGCACCAUCUUAUUCUUCUCUGUGGUCUUCUCCUCGUCAAACACAUCCUAGAUUAACAAUUAACAAUUAUGUGACUACAUUUCACACCAUCUGUGCCAAAGCCUCUUGAAUCUUUUCCCUCCCCAUCUUUAGUACGAUAUCCCAACCCUCUACUGUUACCCAGGAUCUUCUCCACCUCCACCUAAAAUAGUAUAUAUUAAUCACAAUAAAGCAUUACACGUUGGUGCAGUCCUGCCACUGUAACUGUGCACCUGUAACGGGUUUGGCACACUGGGGUCAUCUUAGGGAAAAUACAUUUUAUUUAAAAAAUAGAAAAAGAAAAGGGUUUAAGGAGGGAAGGUAUUUUGAGUGCAUGUGCAGGUCUGGUUGCAGUGCCCAACUGAAAUGCAGGCACUGGCUGGUGAGCGAUGGCGGUGGCAGAGUGGGCAGCGGCUCCAGAAUGCCCUAUGGGCACUUUUCUUCUUGCUGACAUGGCCAGCUGACCCCUCCCAGCUCUCCAUUGGGUGCGGCCUCAGACAGGAGUCCCUUUUGACGUCCGACAGCUGUGAGGAGUGAUAACAGAUUGAGGCACACGCCCAUCACUGGCGCACAGCGUGACAGCACCACAAUGAUGCUUCACCCAUUUUUCUCCAAGUUGGGAUAAAGAUUAUCUGCAUACUCCAUUUGAAAUUCAUAUGCAAGUUUGUAAUUCAUGGUAAAGUGGAACCGUCCCCAGUCACCACACACAGACCACAUGGGGCAUCCAUGUGACGAGAUCUCCAACCAGAAGAGGGACACCAGGACGAGUCAGACAGGUCCAGAGGGCAGAGGGGGUCUGGAUAACUGGCAGCUCAGGAGAGACAGGUGUAGUGAGAGAGAGGGAAGGGGAGAGAGUAGGAGAGAGAACAGUUAGAGAUGGUCACAGUCACAUUAGGGUGAAUGUUUAUUUAGUGCAGAGUGCAAGCAGGGACUCCGGCAGGAAUAACUAUGACAUCAUAACUAAAAAAGAAAAGCCAGAUGGAAACGGUCUUAAUCCUAUUUCCUUAAGGCUAUUUCAUACUAUCGGGACCCCUGCUGUAGUUCAAAUAAAAAUUGUAUUCGUCACAUACACAGUCAUACACAGUAUGAUAUAAAGUGAAAUGCUUAUACGACUGCUUUUAAAAAUACGCUUUAUACGACGUAAAGUUUUUAUCAUUCGUAUUAUAAUGAGCUCAUAGUGCUGUUUACUUUAAAACAAAAUCCAUGUUUUUUUUCUGAAGAAACAGCACAUCCUUUCAUUUCAGAAACUUGAUUAUAAGUGAAGCUCAAUCACAACAGUUUCUAAAAUCUCUUAAGUUCAGUAAAGCCAAAAAUAAAUAAAUCUACAGAUGUUUUACUUUCAACCAUUCACUACUAACAAGCUCACUUACUCUUUUAUCUCGCACCUCUGGGUCCUAAAGACAGAGACUUUUCAUCAGAGGUUUAUAAGUAGUAAUAUGGAUAUUUUAGUAAAACCGUAAGUAAAGUGAUAAAAUUGUUUUAUUAAGAAUUGCGAAAUAUAACACCAUCACUGAAGGCCUCAAGGUGUCGCCACUGCUUCAAACCGAGCUCCCAUACUGUAACUGCUGCAAACUCACAAAUCUCAUCUACCGUACAUGUCUUCCUCUACACAUCACCUCUAGGCUUCUUUCCUUCUCCUCCCUCCGCUUGGCUUUUUAUCUCCUGAACAUCAGGUGUACAGGUAUGCAUGUCCACAUACUACCCCACCUCCUAGGUCACCUUCACUUUCUUCUGCACCACAGUCUUAUACAGAGAUAUUUCUGUUGUAAACACUUUUCUCCCAACAGUUAGAAUAACUCUUGUAAGUCCUAAUAACAUGUAAGUUGCUCUGGAUAAGAGCGUCUGCCAAAUGCCUAAUUGUAAAUGUAACUCGACUAAUUCAUGUCUAACAUUUUUGUACAUGUUCCUUUAACACUAUUUUUCAUUUUAUAAUAUCAUGAUAACACUGUAAUGUCCAGAAGACAUGGCCUUGUCAGGUUUAAUGAGAGGGGUGUAGGGCUUAAUUAUAUUACCACUAAUCCUGCUUUAUUGUUCCAGCCGAAUCCUGACUACUUCACAUUUAUUUUUUUAUUGUACUUUUUAUUUACCUGUUUAUCUCUUGGAUGAUUUCAUGAUCCAGUUUAGAUCAUUAAUAGUCCAUUGUUGUCUGUCGAUGCAAAUCAUCCUUCUCUUUUUUUUUAACAUAUUCGAAUGUUAAAUGAUGUUAAACAUUCUUUAAGAUAAUGUAUCUAAGUCUAUCCAUUAAUUAUCUAUAGCUCUUCUUCUCUCGAGGGUCACAUGGUAUUGGAACUUUCAUAAAGGUUUAAAAGGUGCUUUCAGGGCUAGCACACUGGUACGAUCUUCCAUUGCAUUCAGAGAACGAUAACAAAUCGUUAGCAAGAAAAGGUAACAACAUUGAAAAUCAAGACAAUCUUGUUCAUGAUUAGCAUCAGGUAAGGUAUGAGCCACCACUAUCCCAACACUCACUGGUGAUUUUUAUCCAAAGUGAAACCAAGAGGUGGGUCUGUGCUGAAAUAUUCUGUAUGACUGAACAUGAGAUACUGAUUAAUUAAUCAA